AAAUCAGAAUGGUGGGGAAAGAGAGGCCACACUGCCCAGGAAGAAGGGAUGGACUACUUGAUGUUGAUACCCACGAUCAAGGCUUCCAAAAUGAGACUGGGCAGUCGGCAGAGGAGAUGCCGUCUCCCAAGAGGCUCGGUAAAGAUGGGAUUCACCUGUCCCAUUUCUCCAGCAGAGAGGUCCGUUGAACGAGAAGCAGAGACAAGGAAUUGUCGGAGGGUUGUUACAAUCUCAGCUCCGGAAUAGAAAGGAGGCAGUCGUAAUAUCUCCCCCUGGAUAGGGAACAGAGGCGAGACCGGUGCAAUCUUACCUCCAGAACGAGGACUUUAUCCCCACGCAUCCUCGGUAACUUCAGCUACGAGGAAGAGAGCCCCAACCCCAAGUUUGCGGUCACUUCCCAGCUGCCGAGCCUCGUCCUCUCGGGCUUCCCGGCUUUAGAAUUCCAGAGCGCUUAAUACGAUAUCAGUUGGAAAUCAUUCUCAAACUAGAUCGAGGACUAAAAUAGGGUAGAACGGCAGACCACGGAGAUGAUGCUUGAGUUAGGCGGUCAGUAUUUGCUGUUUGUGAAGUGUUACUCAAGCUAGUUUCCAUGGAAACAGUAAACAAAGUGGGUGAAAAUGAUACAUUGCGAGCGACUCUGACAGGGAAACACAUGCGUGCGAGUUAGACACACAGCGCCGGACAUGGCGGCCCCGGCGACCUGCCCUCGAACACUCGAGGACCGAUUUGCCCCCGACCCUUUGCCAACAACGCCCAGCUGGAGAAUUCAACAGCGCUACCAGAACAAGGUGCUGGUCGGUAACUGGGCGGAGGAAAGGUUAAAGUUCAUCAAGGGGACAUGCCUUGGGAUCAGCACAUACCAAGCCGACUACAAGCCAUACCCGUUUGUCUUACCGGACUUCAAAGAGAAGGUUUUGAUAGAGCAAAAACAGAAGGGUGUACCUCUUUCAGUAUUAUUUUCUCAUCGCAACAUUCCACACUCUUGGUAUUUUGUUAGUCAUUACGAUGAAGUUAUCAAUAAACGUCCAAACCCGUGUUUGCCUCCCCUUCGUAAAUGGGAUAGGAGAAAGUUGAGUUGGCUCCCAGAACAAACAGAUCGCCCGCUAAUCGCUCCACCCACUAACUUCGGCCUCUUGGAAGACAAGAUAGCAAAACUGAAUAAACGGAGGCAGUACCAUUCCUCCAUGUACCAGACUAUCUACAACCUCUCCUACAGAUCUCAUUCUAACCCUCCACAGAAUAAAUAAUCGAUCAUGAUGCUCAUUGCAAAGACUUGCUCCAAUUAUCCUUAGCAGCUUGGAACGAUGACUGAAUUCAGCCAUAACACAACCACACCUAAAAUCGUGGAGACGUUGUAUUAGGUGGACCUUGGCCAUAACAGAAUGACCUUGUGAAGGAAAUUCAUGAACGCCUAUCAACAAGAUAUAUCUUGGGGGAAAAAAUGUUGCCUUUUAAGGCAUGUGCUGUGUGUGUUCGUAUUUCUGUCCCUGAAUUUGGAAGGGGAUGUGAUAGGAAUCUUUCUCACCCCCCCCCCUUCAUUUCCCUCCUGCUGCUCACAAAUGUGCCUACUCCUGAGGGAG